AUGCGGAGGAUGAUUUGUCUUCAUUGUUUCAUUUGGGUUGGUGGAAAAUGUCAUGUGAAAUUGAUUCGUUUCAAAAGAUUGAAAACCCAUAAAGAGACAAAGCGGCUGGUCACAGUGGACUCCAUAGCUGCAACAAAAACUAGAGUAGAAGAACUUAGAAGAAUUGUGGAAGAUCAAAGGGCUAGGAAAGAUAAAUAUGCUGCAAUAUUAUCUCAACAAUCUGAAGCUUUGGCAGCAUAUGAAGAAAAGCAUGAUGAGGGCACUGAACAUAGAGAACAAAUAGAAGAAGCCAUAUCAUGGUUCAAUAAGAACCUUGGUUUCUGGAUAGAAUCUGGACAUGGUGUAAAAUUUAUAUUCUCUAACAUUAAUGUCAAGAAUCCUAUUGAGCAAUACUUCUUCACCGUUCGACAUGAGAAUGAUAUUUACACUUGUAAAUUUUUGGAGGCAUUGACCCUUGCCGGUAGUGCUAAUGAAAUAAAACCGAAGGAGGAUGCGUCUUAUGAUUCUCCAGGAAUUUUUCCUCAAGCUACCUCUAUUGAUCAGGACUCUUCCAUAAUCUCUGUAUCUGCCCCAGUUUCUUCAGUUUCGACUGACAGAAGUGAAUCUCUAGCCAAGACAACAGAGCUUCAACUUGGAGAAAACAACACAGUUUCCAGGAAAGUUAACCAUGGCAGAGGUGGUAAACUGGCAAUUCUGUCUCCCGGUUCUGCUUCAUCACUUCGCCGAUCCCCACGCUUUAAGGUAUUGCUAUAA